GCAGGAACCAAAUUCCAAACCACCAAAAGCCACUCCCAUUUUUCUCACUCACCACUGUUUUUCUUCUUCUUCUGCUUCUCCUUGGGUCCAUUUCUUUGUCAGCAUUAACCCCUCAGAAUUCCAACUCAAAACAUCUGCAAAAUAAAUAUUAGUAAUAAAUACCUGAUUUGCGACUUUUUCCUUUUCCCUUUCUCCAAUCCAAAGCAAAUAAAACUCAAAUUUUCACUUCUCUGUUCCAAUCAUGUCUACUUUCCCCCCCUUUUCUUCCAGAAUGUGAUUGUUUGGGGGAAAACAAGAGAGCGAGAGAAGCGUGAUGGAGUGGGUGAAGAUGAAGGAGUGCGCUAGGGAGUUCAUGGUUGGGGUGGCGGAGAUGACGGUGGAGUUCGGAAAAGGUUGCAGAGACAUAGUCAAGCAGAGUUUGGUCAAUGAAGAUUCAUUUAUUGUCAAAAACUUAGGGAGAGAUUCCUACAUUGGAAAAAGACUCAGAGGACCCUGUGCCAAGCUUUUUGCCAAAUUGAGCUUCUUCAACGAGUAUUUGCCCGAGGAUAAGGAUCCUCUUCACGCUUGGUCCGUCAUUUUCUUCGUUUUCCUUCUCGCCUUCUUAGCUUUGUAUGUGAAUUUUGAGCGUGAUCCGGACGCGCCGCCGGUGAAGCAGGUGUUUCUGCAUCCUCCUAGUGCUUCUCGCGUUGUGCUUCCUGACGGACGGUAUAUGGCGUAUAAGGAGCAAGGUGUUUCGUCUCACAGAGCUAGGUUUUCCAUCAUUGCUCCUCAUAGUUUUCUUUCCUCCCGGCUUGCAGGAAUUCCUGGAGUUAAAGAUUCUCUGCUGGAAGAGUUUGGUAUUCGUUUGUUGACGUAUGAUAUUCCUGGUUUUGGUGAGAGUGAUCCUCACCCCAAGCGGAACCUGGAAUCCUCGGCAACAGAUAUGGCAUUUUUAGCGGAUGCUCUCGGUGUGAACAAGUUUUGGGUUGUUGGUUAUUCAAGCGGCAGUAUGCAUGCUUGGGCUGCACUUAGAUACAUUCCUGAUAGGCUUGCUGGUGCGGCCAUGUUUGCUCCCAUGGUGAACCCAUAUGAUCCUACGGUGACGAAGGAAGAGAGACGAAGAACUUGGAACAAAUGGACACGGAGAAGAAAAUUCUUGUACUUCUUAGCCCGGAGGUUUCCUAGAUUUCUAGCCUUCUUCUAUCAGCGAAGCUUCUUGUCUGGAAAGCAUGGACAGAUUGAUAAGUGGCUGUCAUUGUCUCUGGGAAGUAGGGAUAAAGCACUGAUGGAAGAUCCAAUUUAUGAGGAAUUCUGGCAAAGGGAUGUGGAGGAAUCAACCAGACAAAGAGAUGUGAAACCUUUUGUGGAGGAAGCUGCUUUGCAGGUUACAAAUUGGGGUUUCAGCCUUUCAGACCUCAAGUUGCAGAAGAGGAAACCGACUAGUGAGUUACUCAGUUGGCUGAAAUCAAUGUUCACUGAAACUGAGGAAUAUACAGGAUUUCUUGGCCCUAUACAUAUAUGGCAAGGAAUGGAUGAUAAAGUGGUUCCCCCAUCAAUGACUGAUUUUGUGCACCGCGUGCUACCCGGAGCCGCAGUACAUAAACUCCCAUAUGAAGGCCAUUUCACUUAUAUAUACUUUUGUCAUGAAUGCCACCGGCAGAUAUUUACUACACUCUUCGGAACCCCACAAGGUCCACUCAGCAUUCCUGUAAAUGUAAAUCAAGCCACCCUAGAAGCCAAUAUUGAACAGCAGGAAGGAGUAAACGAUGAUGAUUAUGCUACAAACUAGACGUACACAUAACAGGAUAAAAAUGUUCUUUUCUUCUUCCAUUUUUCUGGUCAAACAUCACAAUUUUAUGAUGUAAAUACCUUAUAGUUUUGCCUCAUCUCCAAUGGAGCAGUAUAGGAAAGAAAAUAAAAAUUCGUGUUUCUGGUCUA